CCUGGCUGUACCAACGUCUGCUACGACCACAUCUUCCCCAUCUCCCACAUUCGCCUUUGGGCGCUGCAGCUGAUCUUCYUCACCUGCCCGUCCCUGAUGGUGAUGGCUCAUGUGAAGUACCGCGAGGGGAAGGACAGGAAGCARGUGGAGCUGCACCAAGGCUCCCAUCUGUACGCCAACCCCGGCAAGAAGCGAGGGGGUCUGUGGUGGACGUAUCUGCUGAGUUUAGUCUUCAAGGCCGGAUUCGACGCGGCGUUCCUCUACAUUCUGUAUCGGAUCUACCACGGAUACGACCUCCCCAACUUGUCCAAGUGUUCGAUAGAACCAUGCCCCAACACCGUGGACUGCUUCAUCAGCCGUCCCACAGAGAAGAAGAUCUUCAUGCUGUUCAUGGUCGUGUCCAGUGCGCUCUGCGUCUUCAUGUGCCUCCUCGAGAUGAUCUACCUCGUCGGCAAGCGUGUUAUCAAGGUGAUACGGGUCCGGCACGAGAAGGAGAGGCGCGUGCUCGCCGACCAACACGAACUCCAGGACGUCGCGCCGCCACGGUCCCAGUACCGGAGGACCGACCCGACACUGGAUGAGAGCCAGCAGAGUCUGAACGGGGAGGAGAUAYUUAAAGAGGGGCAGAAAACGACUGUGCUUUAGGACACGUGGGUCGGCCAGCGAGGGACGUUURAUACAUGACCGAUUGAGUGGUUUUUGUGUGCACCCCGAAACAUUAACUACUGUCCACUCAUCAAGACUGCUGUCGGGUGGAUUUCCUGUUCCUGUGCAACAAACCGACGCAAACAAUCGGAUCAGAUUGACUUUUACACCAUGAAGGAAGCCUCAWGAAGUUAUCUGCAUCUUGGCCACUGUUUAACUUUCAGGGAAUUCUGUGCAAUUUCUCUUUUCGUAAGCCAAAAAACAUGGGUAACAACUGUGAUAUCUAUCCAGGCUGAGUUACUCCCUUUCCUCGAUUCGUCAAGCAUUUAAGCAUUUCCUCCACCUUAAAAUACAAGUCAGGAGAAAUCGUUACAUCAUAUUCUCCUGAUGUGUUCUCAGGACGUUGACUGAUCACAAUGACUUCAAACUAAACAAUAAACUGACCGAGAUAUUUAAUAACUUAAGACAGGAGUCAAAUGGGAAUAAAUAUUUGAAAGCCCAUAAGUUUAGAAAUACUCUUUCCAGUGAUGUCCGAACGUUUUAUCUGGUCUUUUGUUAAAAUAUAAAAUAAUGGCACAACGCUGCAGAACGUGGUAACAAAAACUUCAAAAAAUCAAAAAAAAAGUUAUUUAAUAUGAGCGUUUACAAUGAGAGCCUACCUGUAUAUCUUGUUUAAAAUAUGAUUGUUUCAUGUAUUUUUACUAGCUUUUAUAAAUUAUUUACGUUUUUUUGCUCCAAAGUGGCUGAUUUUUAUUGUUGGGGUUAAACAGAAUAAAAAUGAUUACACACUGCAGUGCUUUAUUUGAUCAUAAUAUUGUUGUCUUUUUCUAGAAUUCUUAAAGCACUUUUGUUGAUGUUUUUAUUAAUAAGUCAAACUGCGCCCUCGUGUGGUGAGUGAGGGGAAGACAUCUUAAAAUAAAAUAAAACAACAAAAAAAUCUAAGUCAGUAAAUUUGUUAUUAUUGUGAAUUGAAUGUUGUACGCUAAAACGCAGGUGUUUUUUUUGUGUGUGUGUGUGUGUGUAAUUACUUUAUAAUGUUGGACGUGUCGUUUUAAACGCUAACUCCACCCUCGCUGCCCCUUAAGCCGGGUAAUUACGCCGGCGCACCAAAAAGGAGCAGACCCAGAGGUUAUGGUCUAUAAAGCUCUCACCGAGGCAAAAACAACAGAAAUACGUUUGUGUUAGGAGGUUCGGAAGACUUCUCCACGCCACUUCAGAUGAAYGAAAACAUAAAUGUUYUCCGACGAGGAUGGGAUUCGAACCCACGCGUGCAGAGCACAAUGGAUUAGCAGUCCAUCGCCUUAACCACUCGGCCACCUCGUCAUGCCACGUCUCCGGAACAUGGCUACAACAAUCCGCCAGGUUGACGGUGCUGAAAGUUUCUUUUCUGUUGUGCGUGUUGUUGACUUUCACACGAAUUGUUACACAUCGUGAUUAAAGAGUGCUGUAUUCACAUAGCGUCAGAACGUGCACGUGUUCUUUUAUUAUAUCUAUGGUGUUCUUUGCUAGCUGCACAUAGAAAAAGUGUCUUACCUUUUCCGUACACGUACUGCUCGUUAUACUAGUCCUGUCGUCUAUAAACUUCGACGUUGCGUUGAAACAUUUAAAAAUGUAUAAAAGCAWAAACUGUUGCUGAAAAAUAAGGCUUUAUGCUAGCAAAACAUGUUAGUAAGUGUUCUUUCUCUGUAUUUUUAAUCUGUCGUUAAUGUGGACGUUGUCGCCACCUCGUGGACAAACUGGGUAUUACAACUUCGUCAUCUCUGUCAAUGGUUCCCAAAGUUGGGGAUCGAUGCCCACAGUGACCCGCAGAAACAUCAAGGUGGGGUCCUGAAAAUAUUUUUUAGAUUAAUUACAGAAAAAAAAGGACAAAAAAAUUGUCUUUGUUUUUACAAAAUGAUAAUAUUAGUGCACUUACAAUGGACAAAAAAUAGCGUAAUAAAUAAUGUUCCUAUGCUCUUAUUUGAUGUGAAAACAAGGUUUAUCAACCGACAACAGCUGGGGGCACAUGUCUCUGUUGCUGGUAUUUUGUGGGUCAAAAGCUGAAAAAGUUUGGGAACCAUUGAUCCAGAUUAAUGUUCUUUUCAAAACAAAUAAAAUCGAAUUACAGGAAUAUUAUUAGUAAUAUUGUUACGGCCCUGGGCCUUGUAAGCAGACACGUGUGUGUGUGUAGUGCUGCGCCUGCCCUCUUUUCUCUUUUGCGCAGGUGUUCUGGAUUAAGAGGGCCAGAUAUAAGCGACCCACAAGACGCACAGGGGGCGACUCGCAGAGGGAGAGAGCGAUCGGCUGUACAUUCAGAAGGGCGUCUGCGGUCGUGGGUGUGGACUGGUUUGGCGUCCUCCUCUUCCUCCUUCCUUCCACCAUGCUCUGGGCGCGUGGCACGGACUGGCGUCGCGUGCAGCGGAGCACCAUCUUUCAUUUUUCUUUUACUCUUAGUUUAGUUUAAAUAAAUGCUUUUGUUUUGAUAUUUUAA